GGGCGCCCGGGUGGCGGGCGCGGCCGCGCUGGCCAGCGAUCCAUGCGCCAGCAAUGGAUCCCGAGGCGCUGCUGGAGCUUGGCGAGCUGGAGGUGUUUACAGGUAUUCGCCACAAGGUGUAUGCCGGGACACUGAGCUCGAACGGCGAGGUGGGCGUUGUGGCCGGCGGCGGCGGCAACGUCUCGCUUCUUGUUCGUGGCGUCGGUAGAGCAGAUGACGUUGAUGAUGAUGAUGAUGACGAUGUGGGGAGCAAGCGCCGCGUAGUGACGGAGCAGCUUCACUCUGGAUGGGUCUCUCAAGUGGCGCUGAUGCCACGGGCGGGCUCGCAGGCCGGGCCACUGCUCAUUUCGUGCGCCAACGACGCAACGGUGGUGGCAGCGUCGCUGCCGGACCUGGUCCCGCUCGCUGUCUCGCGCGGCAUCCAUGAUGCUGGUAUCUACGACCUCGCGCUCUCGGGCUGCUCGAUGGUUUCGGGCUCCAAGGACGGGACAGUAUCGCACAGCCUUGUCGGCGACGACGGGGUGGCGAUCGGCAUCCGGCGGUACGUCAAGUCGGACGACGGGGCGGUGGUCAAGGCCGUGGCGUGGGGGGCGGAGGACGCGUUUGCAGCCGCCGGCAACGACAAGAUUGUUUCGCUGUAUGAUGUGCGAUCACCGCUGCCGGUGCUCGCCAUGGGCAACCUCCACUCGCGCGCUAUUAACUCGCUCGUGUGGUCGCCGCGGUCCGAGUUUGAGCUGCUGUCAGUCUCGUUUGGCGGUCGCAUCGUUGUCUCAGACAUCCGUGCGCCCGAAGCGCCACUCGGAGUUCUUCUCGCGCACGACAAGCAGGACGCCGGGUCUAAGAUCAACCACCCCGCGCUGUUUAACACGGGCGCGGCGCUGCUCACGCUCUCAGCGGCGGCGCCCAAGGCGCUGCUCGCGUACUCGCUCGUCGGCGGCAGUCGUCAGGCUGGCCUGGCGUACGCCGGUGCCAUCGCGUCGUUUCCCACCAAGCCGUCAGCGCUCUACACCGCACCGUACAACGAGGGGUGUGUAGGCAAGCGGCCGGUGGGCGGGCUGGAGGCACUGGUCACGUUUGCAUCGUCAGCAGUGGUGUAUGGCCCGGUCCGUCAGCAGCGGGCGUGAUCAC